AUGGCAACAUUUACUAUACUACUUGCUCCCCCCACUAACGUCAAAGGAAACAAUGUAACCUCUACAAGCAUUUUUGUACAGUGGGAUGAAGUUCCAGCAGACAAUAAAAAUGGUAUUGUAGUGAAUUAUACAGUCACCUACGCAGAGUUACCUUCUGGUGAUUCCGGAAAGGAGAUAGUGAUUGCUCCAAGAACAAAUGCUACAUUGACAGGAUUGCAAAAAUUUACCAACUACAGCAUCACAGUGUUUGCAUCUACUUCCAAAGGGGGUGGAAACAAGAGUGAGCCUAUUAUUGUCAUUACAGAUGAAGACCGUAAGUACCGUCAGUUCUGAAAUUACUCAGUCGGUUGUUAUGUACUCAUUUGGAAUCUCUAGGGUCUAAAAUGUAAAUCCACACUUUAAAAAGUCUUUUUAUUCCUUAAGAAAUUGGAAAAAAGUUUAUUCUGAAACAGAAAACAUGGUUCUCUCUAACUUUGAAAUUGUUUAUUAGAGCCUGAUGGUGCACCACAGAAUGUGAGAGGACAUAACACCAGUUCAACCAGCAUUUCAGUAUCGUGGGAAGCAGUGCAAGCUGAUCUUCAGAAUGGUAUCAUUACUGGUUACAAUAUAACGUACCAGUCACUGACAGAGAAUGACAAUGGAUUUGUACUAACUGGUCCUGAUGAUCGUCAGGCCAACCUAACAGGACUGAAGGAGUUUGUUGACUACAAUAUUUCAGUGGUUGCAUUUACAGUUAAGGGAGAUGGACCGCCCUUUGUUCUUGUUGUUAGAACAGAUCAAGAUAGUAAGUAAACCUAUGUUUUCCUGAUGUGUCUGCCGGCAUAUGUAUUCGAACGGCGGCACGGAUAAGAUUCAGCACUGACAUUUUGCCUUAGGACGUUUUUAUGCAACCGUCGUUAAAAUUUACUGCUUAAUCAUUCACCCGGUUAAACAUAGAAAUGGAUAGCGAAUACAGAAUAGUUUUAUAAUUUUUGAACAACAUAUCAACCCAGCGUAUAUGGUACACCUUAUACACCUGUUAAAUGCUGACUACAGCUUGUCGGAAUGGUAAGCUGUAAAACUUACUUUCUUUGCAUCAUGACAACCAUAUUUCUUGAUAUGAAAAUAUAUUCUAAUUUGGCCCAAGAACAAGCAGAUUAGCGUUCCAUUCUAACGUUACUUUCCUGGCAUCGAACGUUUCGAAUUUAACUUUUAUCUUCAUAGCCUUAGAGUUGUCUAAUCAAUAUUUAUACUUGGUAAUGGUUUUAUUUGUUCUUCAUUUAUUUACCAACACCAACCUUUUAUACGUAAAAUUACAUCAUAACAUUUACUUCUUUAGUUUAAGAUAAAUUUUCAGUGAUACUAUUGAAUUACGAUACAAGACACGUUAACCUUGAACUACGAUACAGUUUGAUUUAAACAACAGUUACAUAAAAUACGUGUUAUAAAAGGAGCAAAAUAUAAAUAGUAAGUUGCACAUGCACUUAUCUUUUUUUUUUUAUCCUUAGGACCCCAUGCUCCCCCUCAAAAUAUACGAGCAAACAGCACAACUUCCACCAGUAUCUUUGUAGAAUGGGAUGAUGUUCCUUCUGAGGACCAAAAUGGUAUUAUCAGGAACUAUACUGUCAGAUAUCGGGCAGUCGGUGCGCUGGGACCCUUUGAUACUACGAAGGUUUUUACAAAAGAAGCGAAUCUAACAGGCCUGAUAAAGGAUGAGUCUUACAACGUCAGUGUUUUAGCGACUACAGACAAGGGAAAUGGACCUUACAGCGUCCCGAUAAUACUUACUACAAAUGAAAACAGUGAGUAUUUCUAAACGUUUAUUAGGAAUAGCACAAUAAAUACCGUCGCGGCUUUGUUUUUUUGCGAGCACGAUCCCUUCGACAACGGGAAGUAUUUGAAAACCAAUUGCGUCAUCCACUGGAUAAGACAGUUAUAGCAUCAUACAUCGUCUGAACAAAGUUUUGGCGUGUGGCUUUUUGUCUCAUCCGAAAACGUGGGUUUCACAAAAACCGAAUCUAAUAUUUUUUUUUAUUACACAUUGUUGUGACAAAUUGUUUUAUUAUACAUUGAUUUGACCAAAAAAAAAACCCUUCGCAAGGAACCUGAAUAAAUAUAAUUGUUAUUAGAAAUCAUUCAUUGCGCGCGCAACCUACAGAUUAGUAGGUUAUCUGCAGAUAACUAACUUAUCUGGGCCCAGUUGUUCGAAGGCCGAUUAGUUCUUAACACGGGGUUAAAUUUAACCCGGGUUUCUUUUUCUGGUGUUCAAAACCAUUUUCUCAGUUAUUUUUAGAGCUUCCAAUCAUCAACUUGUAGACAAAAAGAAUUAAAAUUGAAAUGCUUUUUAAACUUUCAUAUCUGAAUUCAAAUCUUGCACAUACCCUGGGCUAUCUUAACCCAGCUAUGAACAACUCGGCCCUGUAGGUUGCGCUGAUUUCCAAAAUUAGCGGUAGGCUCUUAGCCAAUGAGAAGACAGAUACUGGGUAAAAUGUAUAGUAAUUUGUAUUAUUGGGUCUGAGCGCCAUUUUAAAUUCGGUUCAACAGGUGGCAUUCACUGUUCGACUUACGAGGUCAUGCGCUCUCCUGGCUUUAAUCUUACCUAGAGGGAAGAGUGCAGCGUAUUUUUGUUAACGGCAGUACCUUAAACAGAUUUGCUUUAGAAUAUGGCGUUAAACGAGGUUCAUGCUUAGGCCCGCUAUUUUUUACGAUCUAUACUAGCAAGCUGUUUGAGAUCCUGCAUUUGCACCUCCCUGCGCAUGCCUAUGCCGAUGACAUUCAGCUGUAUGUGUCAUUCAUACUAUCUGACAGUUUGAACAAACUCGAAGCCGUGACUGCGCUGGAGAACUGCAUUUUUGAUGUGUGUNUACAUUGAUUUGACCAAAAAAAAAACCCUUCGCAAGGAACCUGAAUAAAUAUAAUUGUUAUUAGAAAUCAUUCAUUGCGCGCGCAACCUACAGAUUAGUAGGUUAUCUGCAGAUAACUAACUUAUCUGGGCCCAGUUGUUCGAAGGCCGAUUAGUUCUUAACACGGGGUUAAAUUUAACCCGGGUUUCUUUUUCUGGUGUUCAAAACCAUUUUCUCAGUUAUUUUUAGAGCUUCCAAUCAUCAACUUGUAGACAAAAAGAAUUAAAAUUGAAAUGCUUUUUAAACUUUCAUAUCUGAAUUCAAAUCUUGCACAUACCCUGGGCUAUCUUAACCCAGCUAUGAACAACUCGGCCCUGUAGGUUGCGCUGAUUUCCAAAAUUAGCGGUAGGCUCUUAGCCAAUGAGAAGACAGAUACUGGGUAAAAUGUAUAGUAAUUUGUAUUAUUGGGUCUGAGCGCCAUUUUAAAUUCGGUUCAACAGGUGGCAUUCACUGUUCGACUUACGAGGUCAUGCGCUCUCCUGGCUUUAAUCUUACCUAGAGGGAAGAGUGCAGCGUAUUUUUGUUAACGGCAGUACCUUAAACAGAUUUGCUUUAGAAUAUGGCGUUAAACGAGGUUCAUGCUUAGGCCCGCUAUUUUUUACGAUCUAUACUAGCAAGCUGUUUGAGAUCCUGCAUUUGCACCUCCCUGCGCAUGCCUAUGCCGAUGACAUUCAGCUGUAUGUGUCAUUCAUACUAUCUGACAGUUUGAACAAACUCGAAGCCGUGACUGCGCUGGAGAACUGCAUUUUUGAUGUGUGUGCCUGGAUGAGAGGGGAUAUGCUGUGGUUAAAUGCUGAGAAGACGGAGUUUCUAUUGGUUAGCAGUCGACAACAGCUGGCUAAGGUGCCUAUAAACGGCAUCAAGGUUGGUUAAGUUGAUUUGGCUCCUGUCUCGUCCGCGAGGAAUCUGGGUGCUUGGUUCGACUUCCACCUGGCUAGCGAAUUCUACUAUGUAUCUCUAUAACAUUCGUCAUAUCAGGAAGUUCCAGGCUGGGUCAUGCCUUCAUCAAAGGUCGAUUAGACUGCUGUAAACAGCCUGCUUUACAGCGUUCACGAUUUUCGAAAUUUGGACACUCCAGUGCGUAAUGAACGCAAGUGCCAGGCUUAUUUACUGCGCGCCUAAGUUUUGUCAUAUCACCCCAAUACUAAAGUCUUUUUCGCAAUCAUUACGAAGUGGGAAACAUUUUGUUUUGAAACAAACAAGAUACUGUUUUCUCUUACUUUGAACUUGUUUUUCAGAGCCUGCUGGCGCACCACAGAAUGUGAGAGGACAUAACACCAGUUCAACCAGCAUUUCAGUAUCGUGGGACGAAGUGCAAGCUGAGCUACGGAAUGGUAUCAUAACUGGUUACGCUAUAUUGUACAAGUCACUGACAGAAAAUGACAAUGGCAUUGUACCAGCUGGCCCUAACGAUCGUCAGGCCAACCUAACAGGGCUAAAGGAGUUUGUUGAUUACAAUAUUUCAGUGGUUGCAUUUACAGUUAAAGGAGAUGGACCGCCCUCUGUUAUUGUUGUUAGAACAGAUCAAGAUAGUAAGUAAACUAUGUUUUCUUGACGUGUCUGCGCGGCAUAUAAUAGAGUACAAUAAUUUACUUAAAAAGGCAGGAACUGCAAACCUUAAGGACAAGCGUUUACAAAACAUGAUUCUCACUAUUUUUAAAUGUCUUCAUUUUUCUGAUUAUCCAAGAUAUUUAAAAGAUAUGUUUCGUUUACGCUCUAGCACCUAUUUUUUAAGAGGACAUAAUAUGCUCUGUUUGCCCAAACCAUCGACCACUUCUUAUGGUAUCAAUUCCUUUAGUUACUUGGCAGCAACAUCUUGGAAUUCUCUCCCUGACCAUUACCGCACUAUUUCUGAUUUUACUUCUUUUCGACGACUGAUAUCUACUGGGAACAAUAAUUUACUUAAAAGGGCAGGAACUGCAAACCUUUCUACAUCAUGAUAAUUUGCAAGUUAGUUGUCUAGGUAGUUAGUUAUCUUUUUUGCUAUAUAGAAUUAACUUUUUAUUAUAAUUAUUUAUUAAUGUAGUUGGCUCGAAGAUAUUAGCACUUGAGUGCUACACUGUAAAUUCGAGGGUAAAUAAAGUUUAUUGAUUGAUUGAUUGAUUGAGUGAUGUAUUCGAACGGCGGCUGGUAAGUGCCAGCUAGCAAUGACAUUUUAUCUGAGGACAUUUUAUCGCAACCGCUGUUAAAUUUUACUUCUUAAUCAUUCACCUGGUUAGACAUAGAAAUGCGCGGCAAAUACGAAAUAGUUUUCUAAUUCUUGAACAGCAUACAACAUACGUACAUAGUGCACCUGGUAAAUGCUGACUACAGUUUGUCCGAAUGGUAAGCUGUAAGACUUACCUUUCUUUGCACCAUGACAACCACAUUUUUCAAUAUGAAAAGAACGGACAAAAGGAAAAAUAUAUUUUGAUUUGGCCCAAGAACAAGCAGAUUAGCGUUCCAUUCUUACGUUACUUUUAACUUUUAUCUUCUUAGCCUUAGCAUUGUCUCAUCAAUAUUUAUACUUGGCAAUGGUUUUAUUUAUUUUUUAAGCAAUUCAUUCUUUCUUUCUUUCUUUCUUUAUUAAUUUACACCACCAUUUCAUACGUAAACUCGCAUCAUUACAUCUAGUUAAAGACAAAUUUAAAGUGAUACUAAUUGAAUUACGAUACAAGAUACCUUAACCUUCAACUACAAUACAGCUGUUUGAGUUAAACAACAACAGUUACAUAAAAUACGUGCUAUAAAAAGAGCAAAAUUUAAGUAGUGAGUUGUACAUGCACUUAUUAAUUUUUUAUAUAUCCUUAUGAGGACCCCAUGCUCCUCCUCAAAAUGUAUCAGAAAACAGCACAACUCCCACCAGUAUCUUUGUAAAAUGGAAUGGUGUUCCUUCUGAGGACCAAAAUGGCAUCAUAAGAAGCUAUACUGUCAGGUAUCGGGCAGUCGGUGCGCUGGGACCCUUUGAUACUACGAAGGUUUUUACAAAAGAGGCGAAUCUAACAGGCCUGAUAAAGGAUGAGUCUUACAACGUCAGUGUUUUAGUGACUACAGACAAGGGAAAUGGACCUUACAGCGAUCCGGAAAUAUUUAUUACAAAUGAAGACCGUAAGUAUUUUCACGCUGUGAAAGGUUUGAACCCGGGUGUCAUUUUAUAAGGUGUCACAGUAUGAUCGUCCGGGUGAACGUAGUCCUGAUUAGGACUCUUGUUGUUGAUAGUGACUGACGUUUCGACAACCUGUGCGGUUGUCAUCUUGACUUCUGAGGACCAAAAUGGUAUUAUAAGAAACUAUACGGUUAGGUAUCGAGCAGUCAGUGCGGAAGGACCUCUUAAUACUUCACCAGUUAUUCGAAAAGAGGCCUGAUAAAGGGUGAGUCUUACAACGUCAGUGUUUUAGUGACUACAGACAAGGGAAAUGGAACUUACAGCGUCCUGACAAUACUUACUACAAAUGAAAACAGUGAGUAUUUCGAAACUUUUAUUUGGUAUAGCAAAACAAAUACUGUCGCGGCCUUGUUUUUUUUUGCGAGCACGAUCCCUUCGACAACGGGAAGUAUUCGAAAAACCAAUUAUUGCGUCAUCCCCUGGAUAGACAGUUAUAGUGUAUAGCAUCAUCCACCGUUUUGGGUGGCUUUUUGUCUCAUCCGAAAAUGUCAGCAACCUUGAUAGGUCCGGUCGAAAUUUCAAGGAUAUGGAGAAGCUGUACUUUCAGAAGAACAUUAUAGGGGACGUUUUGUCUGUACACCGAAAUUUGCAAUGAUCGCAAUAUCUUGGUGAUAAAAUGUGAAAAACACAACCUCCGAACUAGGUAAAAAUAACAAACACAAAAACAAAAAAAAAAACCCGAACGGCUAUCCAAAAUUUUUGUUCUCUUGUUGUUCUUCUCUUCCCUCCCUGGGGCAACAACCCAUUUUCUUUUAAAAUAAAUCCUUUCAUUCACUUGAUUUUUUUGCAAGCAGGGACAAUUUAUGAACUUACACAAUCACUAGCCAAUAUGUUUAUCUUUACUUUUGCAGUUCCUGGUGCCGCUCCUUCCAAUGUCAGAGCGAACUUCACAAGCUCAACUUCAAUUUUAGUGAAGUGGGAUGAAGUUCCUAAAGACAAGCGGCAUGGCAGAAUACGGUACUACACUGUCAUUUGGAAGAGGGCACAAGGCGCAGAUCCACCGGAAACAAGGACUGUUGAUGCUCCCAUGAAGCAAUUUGAGUUGACAUAUCUCGCUAAGUAUGCUGAAUACAGUAUACAAGUAUUAGCGGCUUCGAGAAUAGGCAAAGGACCACCCAGCAUCCCAAUCGUACAAAGAACAGACGAAGACAGUAAGUAAAGAGGAAUAAGUUGUUUAGAAUGAUUUGUAUUAAAAACCACGGUAGGUUUCAUAGUCUGGCGAACACCGAGCCUGGUAUAAAAAAAUGGGAACGACAGAAAAAAUCGGAAGGCCUUAACAAAAUGUAUGCGUCUUAGAACGAAAACGCAUUAGCGUGGACUAGGCCUUAAGGUCCCUAUUUUGCUAAAGGGAGACUGUAGGCGUCUUGGACAAAGUCUCUUUAUUUAGGUGACGCCUAAUGGACCACACCCAAAAUUUGCUCCUUAAUUUUGUUGUUGUUUAAUUUACAGUACCAAACGCUCCUCCGAGUAAGAUUCAAGGAUACAUCCUAAACGCUACUAAUAUUUUGGUGCAGUGGGGAAUUGUUCCUCUUCCUGAUCAAAAUGGCAUUAUACUGAGUUACACCGUUACCUAUCAAGCGCUUCCUGAUGGCAGUCCACGGAGAAAGGUAGUGAAUACUCCGAAAACUGAAGCAAAACUGACAGGACUCAAUCCAAACACCAACUACAGCAUCACAGUGUUUGCGUCUACUGUCAAAGGAGAUGGGAGUGUUAGUACGCCUAUCGUCGUUUCAACGGAUCUAAAUCGUAAGUUUACGUACACUCUC